AUGGCGUCCCCUCCCCCACCGCCCGGCGGCGAUGACGCCCAGCGGGACAGCGACAGCGAAGACGAGCCCCCGUCCCACGUCGGCCCUACCCGCCCCGGGCCCUUGUCCGUCAACAUGAACCAGAGCAUCUUCAGUCUCAUUGCCGCCGCCGGCUCUCGCGUCAACUUCAACGAGCGCUUCGACGACGGCAGCAGUGACGACGACGCCAGCCAGCCCCAGGACCUGUCCAAGACCGUCGUUCUCGACCCUUCACCCGGCCGAGACGCUGCCGCCUGCCGUCACAAGAAGAAGCUCUCUGGCCACAGGCUGCUCAAAUCCCUCUCCACCUUGCCCAGGCGCAAGACAAAGACCAAGCGCGAGUCGAGUCAUUCAUCCGCCCCAGUCCCGAGCCCAGACAGCCCAGACGAUUCCGACGACGCGUCCCAGCCCUCCGCCGUCACCCUCCAAAAAGGAGACUCUCGCGUCGCCCCGGUCAUGAGUCGCAUGCUGCAGGCCAGAGCGGAGAUGUCGAGCCGUCCCAGCUUCGAUCUCGAGCGGCCCUCAGCAGACGUGAGCCGGACCGAGCAGGGCGAUGACGCUACCACCCUCGCCAAGCGCCUCAAAGAUAUUUUCGACUUUGACGAGCCUGAGCAGGUAAUCGAAGAGUAUCCGUGCUGGUUGUUGCAAAGUGUUUUGCUUCAGGGCUUCCUGUAUAUUACCGUCAAGCACAUAUGCUUCUACGCAUAUCUUCCCAAAAAGGCUAACGUCGUUGCGAAAUCCGGAUACCUCUCAAAGAACGGCAAGCGGAAUCCCAAGUACAACCGGUACUGGUUCCGCUUAAAGGGCGAUGUGCUAUCAUACUACCGCGACCCCAGGAAUCUCUACUUCCCUCACGGCCAGAUCGAUCUCAGAUUCGGCAUCUCGGCCAGUGUCGUCGACCGGGACAAGGACGGCGUUCACUUCUCCGUCGUCACAAGCCAUCGGACCUACAAUUUCAGGGCAGACAGCACCCCGAGCGCCAAGGAAUGGGUCAAGAGCCUCCAGCGCGUCAUCUUCCGCAGCCACAACGACGGCGACAGCGUCAAAAUAUCGCUGCCCAUUGAGAAUGUCAUCGACGUCGAGGAAACGCAGAUGAUGGAUUUUUCCGACACAUGCAAGAUACGCGUCAUAGACAAUGACGAGACGUAUGCCAUUGACGAGUACUUCUUCUCCUUUUUCACGUUUGGCCGCGAAGCCAUCAACGUCCUCAAAAUCCUCGUUGAGGAUGCAUCGUCGUCUGGCAAGCAAACGGCCGGGAGAGCCAUCGCCGAAAAACAGAACUUGGGCAACCCCGAGCCGCCGCAGUCGACGGGGAUCGCGGGGAGCGCGAGGCCGAGUAAUUUCAACGUGGAUAACUUCUGCACAACCAAGCUCCCCGAGGCCGUCAAGGCGACGCUCUCUCCCAUGUCGCCUCACUCGACCAACCCCAGCCCCCGUGCCAGCCACGAAGUGUCAUCCCGAACCAGCCUAGACGCUUUCCGCCAGAUGGGGGGCUCGAGCCGCGAAGCCUCCAGCGUCUUGAGAGACAUGAGCCCUCGCAGAAGCUUCAGUAGCAGUAGAAGGUCGCUUAGCCGCCGCCCCCUGGACGGCAAGUCGUCGCGGAAUGUGAUGGAGUCGUCCGACUCGAACCUGCAGUCCUCCACGGACGACCCGAGCUACUCGAAUCUGACCGUGUCUGUGACUGAUGACCCCUCGGCGAGUCAGAUUCUCAGAGGCAGCGAGGUCUUUCAAAGUCCGACCAUGCGCCGCUCGCCAUCUUCAAGUCAAUCCACAGACACCAAGCAUCGAGGCUCGAGAGACUCGCAGCAGCAGCCAUUGGCGUCUCCGCGACCCGUCCACGCCGCGACAACUGGGGCCAUUGGUCAACAACCCGCCCAAGCGAGCAUCGAUCAUCAGCGCCCGUCUACGCCGACCCUGCAGAGCAUCACCAAAAUGGGAUCGUACCCUCUGCAGCGCGCAGGGGCCUUUGCCGACUACCUGAACAAGACCAGCAAGCGCAUGAGCUCCCUGCUCGCGACCGAGUCCAUGGGCUACGUCGAAAAGGUCUCUGGCAUGUGGAAAGGCGGCCACAAGCAUUACGACGAGCCCGCCGGCCUGCGCCCCGACGAGGACGAGCUCGAAGAGGACUCGGAGGGCAAGAUUCAGACGUCCAUGGAUCGCUUCCGCGCUCACUUUGCCUUGCCAGAGACGGAGCGGCUCCAGGCGACGUACUUUGGGUACAUACUCCGGGUGCUGCCUUUGUAUGGCAAGAUUUACAUCAGCGACCGGUCCUUUUGCUUCCGCAGCCUGCUGCCCGGCACGCGGACCAAGCUGAUUCUGCCCCUCAAAGAUGUCGAGACGACGCACAAGGAAAAGGGCUUUCGGUUCGGCUACUCGGGCCUCGUGGUUGUUAUUCGCGGGCACGAGGAGAUCUUCUUCGAGUUUAGCCAGACCGACGUGCGGGACGACUGCGCAGUGACAUUGCUGCAAGGCCUGGAGACGAGCCGCUACCUCAGGGAGUCGGGCAUCCUCCGGGAAGAGGAGCACGAAGAGGAUGUGUCGGCAAUCGCCGAGCGAGACGCGUUGAAGUCGGCCAGGCAGAGCGAGUUUCCCGAGCACGACGUGCAGCUGCCGCGCGAGGCGACGGGCUUGCCGAAUGCGCCCACCAUUCUCUCCGACGAUACAGACGGCUCUUUUAUCAACUUUAAGCCCCAAAACUCGAUGAAAAUCACGUGUCUGACCAUCGGCUCUCGAGGUGACGUGCAGCCGUAUAUUGCGCUCUGCAAGGGGCUGCUGGCCGAGGGCCACCGGCCGCGCAUCGCCACGCACGCCGAGUUCCAGGGCUGGAUCGAGUCACACGGCAUUGAAUUCGCGCGCGUCGAGGGCGACCCCGGCGAGCUCAUGCGCCUGUGCAUCGAAAACGGCACCUUUACGCUGGCCUUUCUGCGCGAGGCCAACUCGACCUUUCGCGGCUGGCUGGACGAGCUGCUGGACUCGGCGUACCAUGCGUGCGAAGGCUCCGACUUGCUGAUCGAGUCGCCGUCGGCCAUGGCCGGCAUUCACAUUGCGGAGAAGCUUGGCAUCCCCUACUUUAGGGCCUUCACGAUGCCCUGGACAAGGACGAGGGCGUACCCGCACGCCUUCAUCAUGCCCGAGCACAAGAUGGGCGGCGCCUACAACUACAUGACGUAUGUCAUGUUUGACAACAUCUUCUGGAGGGCAACCGCCCACCAGGUCAACCGCUGGCGCAACAAGACGCUCGGCCUGCCAAACACGGGCCUCGAGAAGAUGCAGCCCAACAAGGUGCCGUUCCUAUAUAACUUCAGCCCGAGCGUGGUUGCGCCGCCGCUCGACUUUUCCGACUGGAUCCGGGUCACCGGCUACUGGUUCCUGGACGAAGGUGGCGAAUACGAGCCGCCCAAGGAACUAGACGACUUUAUCAAAAAGGCCCGGGCGGACGGCAAGAAGCUGGUGUACGUGGGCUUCGGCUCCAUCAUCGUCAACAACCCGGCCAAGAUGACGCAAGAAGUCAUUGACGCCGUGCGCAAGGCCGAUGUGCGCUGCAUCCUGUCCAAGGGCUGGUCGGACCGCAUAUCGCCCAAGGACGACCCCUCGAAGCCACGCCCGGACGAGCCUGAGAUGCCGCCCGAGAUCCAUGUCAUCAAGUCGGCGCCGCACGACUGGCUGUUUCGGCAGAUUGACGCCGCGGCGCACCACGGGGGGUCGGGCACGACAGGGGCGAGCCUGCGAGCCGGCGUGCCGACCGUCAUCCGGCCCUUCUUUGGCGACCAGUACUUUUUCGCGAGCCGCGUCGAAGAUCUGGGCGUGGGCGUGUGGGUGAAGCGAUGGGGAACAAACAGCUUCGGGCGGGCGCUGUGGGAAGUGACGCGCAACGAGCGCAUGAUCAUCAAGGCCCGCGUGCUCGGCGAGCAGAUACGUAAGGAAAAGGGCGUCGAACAUGCCAUCCAGAGCAUCUACCGAGACCUCGAGUACGCCACGAGCCUGGUCAAGUGCAAGGCGGGCAAGAACGCACAGCUCGAAAACGAAGAGGAAGACGACGAGACGGAGGAGAGCUGGACGUUUGUCGGGGUCGACGAGCCCGACCCGGACAUGGUGACGAAGAAGCUGAGCGAGGGGCUCGGCGGCGUCGGCAUGAGCAGUGGCAAGUCGUUGGGGAGCCAGGCGCUCAAGGGCAAUGCGUAA